UUUCUAAGGUACAUAAACUUUUGGCCAUAUAGUCUAUACAUCCUCAAAACACAGGAUCAGUGCGCUCGUUGCUCGAUAUAAACCUACCCGAUUUGCUGUUGACUAGCAUUAACCUUGUACAUCAAGAAUUCCAAUGGUCGUCUAUAAACGCGUGUAGAGUGUCGUUUCUAAGAAUAAAUCGAUAGAAAUAUCCCGAGCGUAAAUGCGGCCUUCGGUAUUCCGCGUAUGUAGGCUGAUAAUUGCAGGAAGCUAAUCGAGUACUACGUCUUGGCCGUUGAUCAAAAAACGAAAAGAACGAUCGGUAUUUUAUCAUCGAGCUGGGAAAGAUGAGAUUCGAUGACACGAACGACCGAACGUCCGAAGAGGGACCGAAGGGUCGCGGGGGGUGAACGACGGUUCGUUGUGAAAGGGUGGGUGCGCUUCGCGCAUGCCAGCGCGCGGUAUGAGGGAGAACGAAGGAGCAGUUAACGAGAAGAGAGGAGAGGAGAGAAGCAUCUGCACCUGAAAGAACGAGACUUCCACGGGUGGGUGCGGUGGUCGAACGUAGGCUCGCCGGGCAACUCCUAGUGAACCGUGAUCGUGUGACGCGAGUAAGCACAAUUUUGGUCGAUCCCUCUGAAAGUCAGGCUACACCACACCACCUCCUCCUCCUCCUCCUCCUCCUCUGUUUAUCCCGAGUUCAAAGACUUCGUGAACCCAAAGGAUUCGGAAUUAUGCCCGAUAUGACGGCGGCCGUGGAAGAAAACACCCAAGAGGCAUCUAACACUUGCAAAAAUGUUCUUGUGAUAUUGUCAUGGGUCAUCAUGAUUUUGACGAUGCCCUUUUCCCUGCUCGUUUGCUUCAAGGUCGUCCAAGAGUACGAGAGAGCGGUGAUUUUCCGUUUGGGACGACUUCUGUCUGGCGGGGCCAAGGGACCCGGUAUGUUUUUCAUUCUACCUUGCGUGGACAACUACGCCCGAGUCGAUCUACGAACGCGAACUUACGACGUACCGCCUCAAGAGGUAUUGACCAAAGACAGUGUGACGGUGUCCGUAGACGCAGUCGUGUAUUACCGUGUAAACAACGCAACGAUCUCGAUCACGAACGUCGAGAAUGCUCACCACAGUACAAAGCUGCUGGCUCAAACUACGCUGCGAAACACGAUGGGCACGAGACCGCUCCACGAGAUCCUCAGCGAACGCGAAACCAUCUCCGGGAACAUGCAGGUCGCUCUGGACGAAGCCACUGACGCGUGGGGGAUCAAAGUGGAACGCGUCGAGAUAAAGGACGUACGACUACCGGUUCAGUUGCAGAGAGCUAUGGCCGCGGAAGCCGAAGCUGCUCGCGAAGCCCGCGCCAAGGUGAUCGCAGCGGAGGGCGAGCAAAAAGCUAGUCGCGCACUAAGAGAAGCUUCGGAAGUGAUCGGCGACUCACCCGCCGCGUUACAACUUCGCUACUUACAAACGUUGAACACUAUCUCAUCAGAGAAGAAUUCGACGAUCGUAUUCCCUCUGCCUAUCGAUAUGCUGACGUAUUUCAUGAAAGCGUCCGCGAAAGACUAAUAUUUUUCACCCUGUCCUACCUACUUGCUAAAGCACAAAUUAACAUCACUUCCAUCUGAAUCAUCGUCCGCGUCGUGUCAUGCCGGAUAAAGGGUUAAACGUCCCUUCCACCGCGUAAAGAAAUACUGUAUACAUAUGUGUACACGUUACGUUUACGCUACUGUAACGUUGCAAAAUGUUGAGCGCAGCAGCAGCAGCAGCAGCAGCAUGGGACGUUCUUUCUUUCUUCUUUUCUUUCGAUCACGUACGAUACAUUGAACAAAGGCGAUCUCGCGCCGUUCAUCGCACCGGACAAAAUGUUUUGCACUACUUCACCACUAUGCAGUAUACUGUGUAUCGCGUAUAUCUGUUUUGUACUUUUGACAGUUUUAUUCACAAGUUCGUAACUUAUGUGAUCAUUCGAUUGAACAAUUUAUUAUGAUAACGAUGAUAACGAUGAUGUCGGGCACAAGAAAAUAUAAUAGUCGAUUCGUGGUUUUGACGUGUGUUGCGAACGAUUACUGUUACGCGUGGCGAUGAAAAGAGCGGUUCAAACUCGAGACUAAAGCUAUACUGUAUUAUUGCACACGAGUAUUUGUGAUGUGACGACUACUGUGAAUUUACGUGUUUGGUUUCGUGAAAAUUUGCUUAACUAUCGAUAUUAACGCGUCGAUCAUUUUAAACGUGCGUGAAUAAAAGUUGAGAAAUUGUA